AUGCGCGGCGCUCGGGCGGACAUGGCGGCGGCGCUAUGUGGCGGCGCGCGGGGCCGGCUGCUGUGGUGGCUGCUGGCGGCCGCGGCGCUGGCCCCGCGGCCGGCCCGGGCCCUGAUCGAGGGCCUGUACUGCGGGCGGCAGGUGUGCUACGACGUGCUGGGCGUGAGCCGGGCCGCGGGCAAGGCCGAGAUCGCCCGCGCCUACCGGCAGCUCGCCCGCCAGUACCAUCCGGACCGGCACCGCGGGGAGCCGGCCGGGCCCGGCGGGGAGACCCUGCAGACGGCGCACGAGAAGUUCCUGCUCAUCGCCACCGCCUACGAGACCCUCAAGGAUGAAGAAACACGGAAAGAUUAUGACUACAUGUUGGAUCAUCCUGAAGAGUAUUACAGCCAUUAUUAUCACUACUACAGCAGGAGAUUGGCACCUAAAGUGGAUGUCAGGAUAGUGAUUCUAGUCACUGUAUGUGCUAUCUCCGUGUUUCAGUUCUUCAGCUGGUGGAGUAGCUACAACGAGGCCAUCAACUACCUAGCUACAGUGCCAAAAUAUCGUAUACAAGCGUCUGAGAUUGCCAAGCAACAGGGCCUACUGAAUAGGGCUAAAGAAAAAGGCAAAAACAGACGGUCUAAGGAAGAAAUCCGUGAGGAAGAGGAAGAAAUAAUCAAAGACAUUAUCAAAAAUAAAAUAGAUAUAAAAGGCGGCUAUCAGAAGCCUAAAAUAUAUGAUAUCCUUCUAUUCCAAAUCCUCUUAGCUCCUUUUUACUUAUGCAAGUAUAUAGCUUGGUAUUGUUGGUGGAUUUAUUGUUUUAAUAUUAAAGGGCGAGAAUAUGGUGAGGAAGAGAAGCUGUAUAUCAUACGCAGAUACAUGAAAAUGUCACAGUCUCAGUUUGACACUCUGGAAGAUAAUCAGAGAAAGACUUUUCUGGAACGGCAACUAUGGAUAAGAGAGAACUAUGAGGUCUACAAGCAAGAACAAGAGGAAGAGCUAAAGAAGAAGAUGGCCAUGGACCCUCGAUGGAAGAGAUAUAGGCGGUGGAUGAGGAAUGAAGGACCUGGAAGAUUAACGUUUAUUGAUGACUGAAGGCUGCUGAACAAUGUGCAGUACUGAUAAACCUGACUUGCAAAAAAUUUUCGUAACUAAAUUUUCAGAGUUUUAUCUGCUGUGCCUCGGCAGUGAUCUAAAACUCAGGAAUAAUUUCAUCAGGCAGAAAAUUAGUACAAGUUUACCAUUUUUAUAAAUAAAAGUGAAUCUGUUAAACAGAGACUUAGUUCAUUGUUUAUAUUCUACUUGCUUGUGGAGCUGGAGUUCGUUUAAAAAGUGUUUCACAUGAAAUCUGUAAGAACAAAUACCAACCCAACUAUACCUUACACCCUUCCAGAAAUUUCUUGAUGAAGUCUCCUAGCUGUAUUUUUGUUUUGUCCCCUCUUUAAAACCACAAGGUUUGUACAUUUGGUUGUUAGGGAUGUGUAAACGCUCAUGUAAAAUUCUAUAUGCAGGGCAAUUUUAUGGCUCUUCAUCUAUUUUUCCUCUCUAUCCCCACCCAAAAGCUUCCAAAAUCUGAGUGAUCUUGCCAAAUAGUAUAUUUGAUGCAGACUAAUCAUAAUGGGCUUAUAUAUGCCUUUUCCCAUGCCCUGUCCAGUUGGAAGCAUAGUCUUCAUUCAUUCUGGUAACACAUGGUGCAUGAUUGUUCAGCAAUGUGACACAAACAGGCCUUAAUUUUUGUCUUUGUUCUGCAGAAUGAUACAUUAAGCAGAUUUUGCUAGAAUCUUAGGUUUGGGUUUUAAUCUUUGUACACUGAACUGUAGAUACUUGUUUGGAACAAGUGUAGCAGUAUUCUACUAAAUGUGACAUGUUACUUGCACCGUAGUAUUGGUAUAAGGGAAACUAAUCCUUUUGUUUAAAAGGGGCAACUUGAUGCCUUAUGUAAAUAAAAAAAAUUAUUAUUAUAACGCCAAUUCGUUUCAAAUUCUAAAACCAAAUUAACGUUUAUAAAUAAAAUAUUCUCUUUA